AUGGUAUCAGAGCAGUUGAAUACUGUCGAUGUUGUUUAUUUAACCAUUGUUGUUGGUGGUGGUGUGAAACAGAAAAUGGAUGGAAGAAACGAUGUUGCUAUUGUUGCUGCUUUGCAGGCUGUUGCUCAGGGUAGGUACGAUCCUGAUGGAGCACAGACCUGGCUCAGGGAGAUUGAGAGGAUUUUCAAAGUGAUGGAUUGCUCUGAAUCACAGAAGGUGCGGGAAUUUUUGAGAAAAUACUUUCCUGAGGAUGUUUGUGGGAAGAAGGAGAUUGAGUUUCUAGAGCUGAAACAGGGUAACUUGUCGGUUAUUGAGUAUGUUUCCCGAUUUGUGGAACUUGCUAAGUUCGACCGUCAUUACAGUGAGGCGACUACUGAGUUCUCGAGGUGUAUCCAAUUCGAGAAUGGUUUGCGUCCUAAGAUUAAGCAAAGAGUUGUUGAUGGUAAAAGGCUAAAUGGGGGAGGUGGUCAUACUCCUUUUAAGUGUUAUAGGUUCGGUGAGUUGGGUCAUCGUGUCAACGAAUGCAAGAGUGAUAUGAAGAAGUGUUACAAGUGUGGGAAGUCAGGACAUCUGGUUGCAGAUUGCAAAGAGAAUAUGGUGACUUGCUACAAUUGUGGUGAACCAGGACAUAUCAGCACCCAUUUCCCAAAGCUUGAGAAAGCUUCAACUAGAGGAAAGGUGUUCGCUCUGACGGGGACUCAGACUUCUAGUGAAGACAAGUUGAUCUGA